UGAGGCUGUAGAAACACUCACCACAGCGGUCCACAUUAUGAUCGCCGUAUCUUAUCGUUAUAUUCAGUGCUACUGAAGAUUGAUUUGGUGUAUUAUCUGGCAUCACUGCCUGUGGGUAUUUGACGGCUGGUACCGAGGAUCCGGUUUUAAGCAUUAUAGUAUUUAGAAAAUCUUUAGCACGGUAAAGUUUCUAUGACUAUCUUACUUCGAUGAGACAUUGUUUAGAGUAAUUGUGAAUGUGAAUCUCCUGCCAAGAUGAGUUAUGGGCUUCAAGUGCUAUGGAAAGUGUUGUUGGUAGUCUUGCAGAUAUUGUUGCUGCUACACUUCUCCCAAGGACAAGAGAAUGUUAGUGGUCCCAGGAAGAGAGUCAGCAAGUGGAAAGGUGUAAUGUUAGCCUUAACACAUGUAGGUGAAUACAAUGAGACCCUUUGGCCGGUGAUAUAUGAAACUCGAGAUGAGGAAGAUGUUGAGUGUACAUCUUCACUUGAUCCUGAAGCAGUGGAUAAAUGCUCCUCUGAUGACAGUUGGUUUGGUAGCUGGCUAAGAUGGUGUCCCACUUCACUGAGUCUUCUUCGCGAGGCAGAAAAAGCCGUUUUGUCUAACUUGAAGGGGUCAUACAGAGGGCAUUAUGUCAACGUUGGAUGUGCCAUUGACAAAACCGAGUCCCACAUCUGGACGGUGAGCUUCAAUGAGGAAUCAGAUAAUGUUCCACUCGUUCUUCUCCAUGGCUUCGGGUCUGGUGUGGGGUUGUGGUGUCUUAAUUUUGACUCUCUCUCAGCCAGCAGACCAGUUUAUGCCAUAGAUAUUAUAGGAUUUGGCCGCAGUUCUCGUCCGACCUUCACAAAGGAUCCGUUAGAGGCCGAGCGCGAGUUUAUCACUUCAAUAGAGCUUUGGCGGCAGAAGUUGGCCCUAGAACAAUUUAUCCUUGUGGGGCACUCGUUUGGAGGCUUCCUUGCGGCCUCUUAUGCAAUUAAACACCCAGAGAGGAUUCGUCAUCUCAUCCUGGCUGAUCCCUGGGGGUUCCCGGAGCGUCCUCUGGAUGUCGCUGAACGAUACAAGUUUCCAUUCUGGGUCAAAGCUGUCGGUGCUAUACUCCAGCCCUUCAAUCCUCUCUUUGUUGUGAGAACUGCUGGACCAUGGGGCCCAAAAUUGCUCCAGAAAGCCAGACCUGACCUGAUCCGCAAAUUCUCUGGUAUGGUGAAAGAUGCUGAGGAAGUAAUCCCCAGUUACUUGUACCACUGUAAUGCUCAAAAUCCGUCUGGUGAAUCGGCUUUCCACACCCUGAUGGCUGGGUUUGGUUGGGCCAAGUAUCCCAUGAUUCAGCGCAUGGACUCUCUCAGGAAAGGAAUGCCAAUGACAUUGAUAUAUGGAUCCAGAUCAUGGGUGGACCGUGACCCAGGUUUCCAGAUUAAAUAUAUGAGGAACGACUCCUAUGUAAAUGUUCAGGUUAUCCCAGGAGCAGGUCAUCAUGUAUAUGCCGACAAGGCUGAGAUAUUCAAUAACCUGAUAAAUAACAUUGGUAAACACGUUGAUGAUGGCACACUACCUGCACUCGCUCCAGACCUUCCGACAGAAAACACCGAGGAAAACCAAGAUGAUGUUGGCAUGUCGUUCUCAAAGAUAAUCAAUGUACGUAAUGAUAACUUACGUGAUGAGACGACAGUCCAAGUAGAUAUGAAUGUAUCAGCAGAGGAGCUUGAUUAACAUCACAUUAUUUAUAAGCUGAUAGAUAUAGUGGUUAUAAGGAAAAAAGUUGGCCAUAACAGGAAUGGUGUCAUAUGGUUAGGAAUUUGUAAUUAAGACAAUAUGACAAAACUAUAUUUUUAUGUCUUCAUUCAUAUCUGGUGACCUGUUGCAGAUCUAUUUAGAUUAUAAAGAUAAUCAUUUUUAAUUACAGUACUAUUACUACAUAAUCAGGUUGAUCCAUCAGGUUUAAAUUUAUGGCAUGCUGUUUAUUGUUGCAGUAACAUGGAAGGCUUCCUCAGUUUAGUGCAGUAAUGUUUUAGAGGCCAAAGUUUAUCACCUAUGCAAAGGCAUCUCGAUAAUAUUCCAUAACAUAAACUACUGGAGUGAGUAAUGAAGUUUUGAAAUAAAACUUUAUUCAUUGUGUGGCAUUUGUUUUUAGCCGUUUGAGUAAGUUCAAUGAGAGCAAUUCUUGACUAGUUAGGAAAAAGAAUUCUCGUGCCCCUUGUGGCGCAGGGGCUUCUUAUUGCAUCCCUGGCUUACUUGCAUCAUGUUCUUGUUCUCAUGUAUCAGUGUUGGGUGUAAGACUGGCUGUGUAAUAAUGCACUGUUAGCCAUAUAUAGUUACUGGUAUCCUUGAUCUUUGCAAUUAUAAGUAUUUAGUUUAUAUUUCAAUUUUAAGUACAGUAUGUUAUUAUUACAUGUUGUAUACAGUAUUCUAUGAAGAUAAUUUUAUUGUCACAAAGGAAAUUUGGUUAGGAACCUCCUCCAUAUUAGUAAGUUAUCUUAAGUACCUGUAUAAGGAUGUUAGAUGUUAUUUUACUUCUAGAAUCAGGAAGUAAUUUUGUCCUUGUAACAUCUUUAUCUUAACAAAUUUACAUUAAUGGGAUUUUGAAGUUCAUCAGUUUUCAGGACAAAUUAUUGUUGCAAAACCUGUUUAAAAACUGGAUAGUUUCCAUAGUAAAUAAUUAUACAGAACAGUAUAUUGAUGUGAGAAUAAUAAAGUUCUUAUAGUAAACCCCUGCAUAAUUAGACCAAAUAGAGGAAAAGGGAGUUUAGUUUUUCAGGGCACAAAAGAAUACCAUUUAUAGCCAAUUUAAAUAAAAAAUUGGUGGCCAUUUUAUGAACGUUCACAGUAUUGGUUUUGUGUUUCAUUUAA